CUUGGAAGUUUCAACGACGUGUAAAGACUUGAGCAAAAAUUAUUGAGAUUUGUUUAUAAUCAAUUGAUGAAAUUAGGCCAAAUUUAGUAGUUUUACAAAUAUAUUUAAGUAUAAAUUGCGGUAAUGAAGCGCUUAAACAUUUAUGGUGCAUUCCUGGCCCUUGCCGGACCUGGCACCAAGGAGGAUAUUAUCAUUCAGGUGGCGAAGCAACAAAACAUUCGCUUCAACGAGCUGCCGCAGCUGCAGAAAGAGGUGGAUCAGGCAUUGGAGGAAAGUCAACGGUUGGGAUUCAUCGAUCGCCAGGGAGCAAUUUACAAGCUAUCCAUGGAAGUGCCACCGUCAAAAAGCCACAACAGUACGACCAGUAAAACAGCUUCAACCAAGACUAAUAAAGAGACAAAUGUGGAGCGCAAUACCAGACAACUUAAUGGACAAGGAGAUGGAAAGCGUAGUCAGUCCGCCGUCAGCACCAGAAGUUCUCACAAGUCGACCAACAAUACCUUGUGCUCGACAUGCAGUGGAAUGGAUCCGAAAUCUUGUUUAGAGCGGCGUAAGAAUUCCAAUAACUUGGACAAGAUUAUAUUGGCCAAGGACGCGAGUGUCUGCUCCAUUUGUGGCCUAGAGAGUGAAAAGCCCGUAAGCCCAGAAGAACAGGAGGCUGUCUGGCCGAAUAUGCGUACCGUAUUAUAAAAUAAGCCAAAUCAGAAGACUUCAAAAUUCGAUCUAUCCUUUAUCAGAAUUGGAAAACUUCCCAAAAAAUUGUGUGUUCCUGUCAUUUGAUAUAAUAUUGUAUUGACCCAAAAACAGAGAAACGUUUAUAUUUAUUACAGUGCUUUGAUUCCCCAAAUAAAACCAGAUAUCAACAAAACUGA